AUGUUUAAUAACUAUAUUAUUCUUCAUCUUUUACAUUUAAUUAUUCUAUUAAAUAUUCAAUGUGCUGGAAGGAUUGUUCCUGCAGAAGUGAAAAUUAUAAAUGAUUGGGAAGGAAAAAGAGAAUUUAUUUAUUUAAAAAAUGUCGAACAAAAGGAUCGUUUUGUGUUGAAAACAAUUGAAAAAAAUAAUAAUAAAUAUGUUAGCCAAAAGCAUAAUAUAAAGGAUUUUUUGUGUCCAAUUAACUUUGACGCUGCUAAAAAUAUUUUUGACACUUCAACAAGUACUGAUUCAUCAUAUCGUCCAGCUAUUCAAUUAAAAAACAAAAUUUUGAUUGAGAUUGCCAAUAAUCAGAUUAUUCAAAAUCUUUUGCCUGAAUUUGAAAAACGGGUAUUUUAUAUUUUUUGUUAUUAG